CAAUUAAAAAAUUUCCUUUUUUGCAUUUUUCCUGAGCUCGGUUAUUUACAUUAUCGUACAUAUGUUAGAUGAAAAUCUUUAUUAUCCUGAACCUCAUGUUAUUAAAGAUCUUUAUGAAAAGUUAUCAAAAAAUGAAACUUUAGAAUUAAAAUGGAAAAAUCCUGGACGUCAUUUACCAUCAUUAAUAGAAAAAUCACAAAAGAAAGUUAACAUAAAAUGCAAAAACAGAAAAAAAUCUAAAAAUACUGAAACGACAGUUAAGCCAAAAGAUUUUGAUUUUGUUAUAGAAAAUAAAGAUGAUGACAUCUUAAAGGGACCACUAAAAAAAGAAAAUAUAAUUAGUACUGAUAACAAAAUAGUUGGACUAGCAAAUUUUGAUGAUGUUAUCAAGGGUGUACUAAAGCAUAAACUCUGGGAGAAAGAUGAUUUAAAAGAUAUAUAAUAUACAUUGAUAUGUAUUUUUAAUAUUUCCUUUAUUUGUGAAUAUUU